GCCGCCCAGACCUGCGGCGGCGGCGGCAAUGGAGAGCAGUGGGGCCGCCGUGAGCAUCGCCAUGCCGCUCUACAGAAAGGACGGGGCGAGCCAGCCCCCGCCCUACGCCGGCGCCCGGGGGGCUGCGCAGCGCCUGGACAUCCUCUUGCCGCCCCGCGACUUCGUGCUCUGGUCCUUCUUCAACACCGUCUUCUGCAACCCCUGCUGCCUCGGCUUCCUGGCGCUCGUCUUCUCCAUCAAGGCAAGAGACCGCAAAGUUCUGGGUGACAUAAAUGGUGCACACAGCUACGGGAAGACUGCCAGGAACCUGAACAUCGCUAUUGUGGUCCUGAGCAUCAUCUUCAUCAUUUUGGUCAUUACCCUUUUUGCAACUAUCCAUAAGCACUAAAUAGGCACCAUAUAACCACACCUGGAACAUCAGCUGCAGCAAGUGAGCCCCCCUGCUCUGGGGUUCAGUUCAGCAGGACAACUGUACUCAGCUUCACCUUCCUCCCAUCGCAGGCACUUGCCCUUGUUCCUGCUGUUGCAUUCCCAAGAGAGGAACUGGAUGGGGACUAUACUGAUGGCAGGGUCUGUGCUCUACUGACGCCUCCAGUUCAGCUUUGGAACUGGAGUCUCUGCCCCUGUCUCCUAACAGCCUGCCUGGAAGUCCCAUCACCCUUUCCCUGAUGGAGCCAGCACCAUGUAGAUGGAUAUCUCCAGGCACUCUGUUUCCUCAGGCUGGCAGCCAACUGCCUAGUCUCUAAAGUCCUCUGAGAGCUUGCUGUUUCCUGUUGCAAAGGGGCAUGUUUCUCUGCUUUAUGAUACUGUCCUGCUUAUCUUGACAGAUCAUUUUUUUUAGGCUUUUCCUCAGUAGAAAUGGUGAGCCUGUGCCAAUAAAGGGCCUUUUGUUUUC